AUGCCUCCUGCUGAGCCGCAUUCCUCCCGGCGCAAACUUCGCAAAGGGACGCAGAGCUGCUGGGAGUGCAAACGCCGCAAGAUGCGAUGCUCGUUCGCUACACCUGAGGACCUCAGCUGCAUCAGCUGCAGGCGACGUGGAACCUCGUGUGUCAGCCAGGAGUGGCCUGAGGAGUACCACACCGCAGCCCUUGGCCGGGGCAAGGCGCGAACAGAGAAGGGUGGGAAGAGCAUCGGAGACCGGAUGGCGCGGGUAGAGGUACUCAUGGAGAAGCUGAUCCGGAAAAUCGACCCCGAGGCAGAGAGCAGCAUGGGUCAGGAAGAGAGGCCUCUGUUCGUCUCUGACUUGCAAUCUCCGCCGGUGAGAGAUGAGCGGCGGGUCUCCACGAAACCGAAGGCCUCCGUUCCCUCGCCGCAGUGUCCCCGAAGCUUACUACCAGUGCCUUCCAACUCGGCCCACCGUCCAUUCAACCACAGUGACACUACAUCUAAGUACGACAACCUAGGUCGCGGCCUUUAUGCUGCGUGGCCAAGCUCCCGAGACCUCGACCUCUUGCUGAACCUGCCCACGACGUUUUCGGGCCUGUCGCACCGGAUUGUCCUGGCACCUUAUUCUAGUGACCUCCCGCCCGAGACGCCAUCUGCUAGAGACAUUCUGCAGCUUCCCCAGCCAGGCUCGCACCCGAUUCUCUUGGCACGCAAGCUUUUGACUCUCGGCCUUUUCCUCCAAGUCAUACCGCCUUCUGCUGCGGAAGUGAUCCGUGCCCAGAACCCCGGCUUUAGCUGCCGCGAAAUCGAAAACCGCGCAGUGCAAGCGGCGAAUCGCCUAGUGACAAGCAAUGACGAGCUUAUAGGCUCCUGUGUGGAAGGGAUCGAAUGUCUCCUGAUCGAAAGCACAUACCAGGCUUAUGCCGGAAACCUGCGCCGCGCGUGGUUGAUCAACCGCCGGGCCAUCUCGGUGGCCCAGAUGAUGCGCCUCAACCACGGCUCCAGCAUCGCAUCUCCCUGGGUCCGAAUUCUUACGGAUCAAACACGCGAACGGUGUGACCCGACGUACAUGUGGUUCCUCAUGUGUCACAGUGAGCUCCAUCUGUCGCUCUUGCUCGGCCUCACACCCAUGUUCUUCGAUGACAACUUUGCCUCGCAGGGCAUGCUGCAAUCUUGCUCAAGCAUAGAUGCCAUGGAAAGGAUACACUGUGUCGUCGCCGGGAAGCUUCUGAGGCGCGACCGCAGUAGCCCUACGCUGGACCCGAAGUCAACCCGCGAGAUCGACGCGCUGCUUCAAAAGGCGGCCUCCUCUAUGCCCCCGAGUUGGUGGCAGGCAACGGAUGCCAUCUCUAAAACAGAUGAGAUCACGGCUAUGGACCAUUUCCAUCGAUUCAUUCAGUAUGCAGACCAGCUCACCCACUUUUACCUCUUGGUCCAGCUUCAUCUGCCGUCCCUUCUCCGCCCCUCGGUCAGUCAAGCGGAUCAGUACAGCCGAGUUGCCGCCAUGAACGCUAGUCGAGGGCUCCUCACAAGCAUACAGGCAUACAGGCGAUGCUAUUCCAUCAUUCCGCCCUGCAGGGGCACGCACUUCUUCUCCUUAUUCGGGAGCGCCGUCAUGUGCAUCGCACACAUGGCCGAACGCCACCAGCAGCAUCAGGCCGUGGCCGGCGACGAUAAUGCCUUUGACAUCUUUGCCCAUCAGACGCCUGGCGACAGGGCUUUGAUGGAGAGUAUUGUCGAAUCGCUGGAGAUGCAUAGGGACCAUCCCAACAACGAUGUGAUCUCUUGCAAGGUGGUUGGCGUUCUCCGCGACUUGCUCGAGGCAGAAGACCGAGCUGCCACCGGGGCGAUCUAUCAUAUCAGUACUUCAGCCGAAGCAGCCGAAGGAGAUGAGACUGUCUGCGGUGGGAAAUUAAGUGAAGACGGCAGGUUUCUUUGGCUUCGGCUCCCUUGUUUUGAAACCAUUGUCUUGGAACAGAUUUGA